AUGGCACUUGGACAGUAUGAAGCAGAUGAGAUUUUGAGAGCUACUGCUGAGCGGAAAAAUGCCCCUGGACGUGGUGGCUUAUCAGGAUCCAGGAUGAUGGACCAAAGCUUGUGGACUCUAAUCACGGAGUAUGAUAAACACUUGGAAGAAAUGAGAGAACAGCUGCAGCUUUAUCAGGUACAAAUGAGCGAGAUGAGACUAAGAUUUGAACAAGUCACCAAGGAAAAUGAAAGGCUGCAUGCAGAGUUGAAAGAGGCUCUUGAGAAGCAACUGGAGGCUCUUCCUCUCAUGCCUCUGGGAACUGAUAUUCCUGCAGAUGAAAGCAUAGUGAGAAACCUUCAAGAACAACUGCAACUGACGAAUCAAGAAAGAGAACAAGCAAUUGCGCUCUGGCAGACUGUGUUACAGGAGCAUGAUCGACUCCAGCAGCAGUACCAGGAACGUAUGACUGAAACGCAGAUUCACGUGGCUGAAAGGCAAAAGCAGAAAGAUCAACUGACUAGCUUUCAACAGUUGACUCGGCAACUGCAUAUAAGCAAUCGACAGUUUCUGAAAACUGUAACAGAACAGAGUGUGGAACUAGAGCAGCUACGAAAACAACUGAGGCAAGCCAAAAUAGAUGGGCAGACAGCAAAUGCUAAGGUCGAUGAAAUGACCAGAUUGACAGAGAAGCUUCAAGGCCAAUUGGAGAGAAAGGAAGAAGAUGUGAUAUCUGCUCAGCAAAGAGAAACAGCAUCUGACAAACGCUUGCAGCAGCUGCAGUCUAGUAUAAAACAAUUAGAAACAAGAUUACAUGUUACUGUCCAAGACGCAGAACAGCUGAGAACAGAAAGAACAGCCCUGGAGAAACAAAUUGGAGAGCUUCAGACAAAGUAUGCUAACGUAGAAAGGGAGAAGUACGAUGCUGUUGCAAAAGUCCAAGAUUGCAUACAGCUCUUAGAAGAAGCUAACCUACAAAAAAGUCAGGCCCUCUUUGGGGAGAAACAAAAGGAAGAGGAAAUCAGAAAAAUGAAAGACGAAAUAUCUCAACUUGCAGAAGAUACUGCUGCAAGAAUUAGAAAGGCAGUAGACUCUGCAAAGAAGCAAUAUAAUGUGCAGAUUUCUCGACUAACAGAAGAACUUUCAGCUCUUCAGAUGGAAUGUGGAGAAAAACAGGGCCAAAUUGAACGAGCCAUUAGAGAAAAGAGAGCAGUGGAACAAGAGCUUGACAAGAUUUACAGGGAAGACAGAGGACAUGAAUCUCUCAACAGAAAACUAGAGCAACUGCAUCAGAAAUAUUUACUUGCAGAAACUGUAAAAGCUGACCUUCAGCUAAGUCUACAGACAACACAAAAUAAACUGAAACAACUAGAAAUGAACUCUGAGGAAGAGAAGUCUCGUUGCCAGGAAGUUACCUCUAAAUUGCAAAGCAUUCUGGAUUCAGAAAGAGAAAAGAGUGCCUUUGUCAGUGAACAAAGGCUAAAACUUCAGCAAGAGAAUGAACAAUUGCAAAAAGAAAUGGAGAGCUUGAGAAAACUGGCCAUAGAGGCUCAACAAAAAGCUAAAAUAAAGAUAAGCACAAUGGAGCAUGAGCAUGCUGUGAAAGAACAUGGAUAUGAAGCUCGACUUAAGGAAAUGGAAGACACCAGUCAAAAGUCUACUGCAGAACUCAGACGUCUGUUAGUAGCUCAGCAAAAAGCAACAAAUCGGUGGAAAGAAGAAACAAAAAGUCUUACUGAAACUACAGAAGCCAGGAUCAGUAAGCUAAAAAGUGAGCUGAGUCAACAAAAACUUCGUAGCCAGGAGCUUAUUUCUCAGCUGGAAACGGUAAAUGAAAAGGUAACUGAGGAUGAAAAAUUAAUGAUGGAAUAUCGAGAAUACAUCAAUAGGCUCCAAAGGCGACUGAGCCAGGCAGAACAGAGGGCAGCGACAGCAUCUCAAAAGCUCAGCCUGAUAACUAGACAGAACAAAAAAGCUGCUUCCCUGAAGGAUCUGGAAAAUAUUUAAACGCGUGUACUGUUCAUUCGCACCAUGCUGGAUUUAAGAACAUUGCUGGAGAAACUUCACGUUGGAGUAUUAGUCAAACGCAUAGCAAGGCUUGUAAAACGUAGAUAAACAUUGUCUGGUUUAUUCAAGUAAGAAAGGCGGUGGAUGAAGAUACUGUAUCUGCAUG